GGAGUCCGGAACCUUUCUGCUAUGCUUUCUGCCCGGACGUGCUGAAGCGGAAACCGGAAGUCCUUUGCUGGGAGGUUCCGGGGGUUCCUGGCUACUACGAUGGCGAUGAGUUUCGAGUGGCCGUGGCAGUAUCGCUUCCCGCCCUUCUUUACGUUACAGCCGAACGUGGACACUCGGCAGAAGCAGCUGGCCGCCUGGUGCUCGCUGGUCCUGUCCUUCUGCCGCCUGCACAAACAGUCCAGCAUGACGGUGAUGGAAGCUCAGGAGAGCCCGCUCUUCAACAACGUGAAGCUGCAGCGGAAGCUCCCUGUGGAAUCAAUCCAGGUUGUAUUAGAGGAACUGAGGAAGAAAGGGAACCUCGAGUGGUUGGAUAAGAACAAGUCUAGCUUCCUGAUCAUGUGGCGGAGGCCAGAAGAAUGGGGGAAACUCAUAUAUCAGUGGGUUUCCAGGAGUGGCCAGAACAACUCCGUGUUCACCCUGUAUGAACUGACCAAUGGGGAAGACACAGAGGAUGAAGAGUUCCAUGGGCUGGAUGAGGCAACCCUACUACGAGCUCUGCAGGCCCUACAGCAGGAGCACAAGGCUGAGAUCAUCACUGUCAGCGAUGGCCGAGGUGUCAAGUUCUUCUAGCAGAGACCUGUCUCCCUUUACUUCUUACCUCCCACCCUUCCAGGGCUUUCAAAAGGAGACAGACCCAGUGUACCCACAGACUGGAUCUGUGACUCAAAGGGCUCCAGUUCAGGGAUGGGUUUCCUACUUACUCCAUGUGUCUGUCCCCUCGCCUCACACCCAGCUCUUGCCUGGGAUAGGGCAAGGCUGAGGCACCAGGGAGAAAAGAUGUGCUUCUCCUUGCUGCACCUCCUCUCCCGCCCUAGAUUGUCCCUGAGCCAGGGUCUGUAAACCUAACACUUCACAUGUGUUGACACACAUAAGUACAUAGACACACAUGCCUGCACAAUAUUCUGUCUCUUCCCCCUCCUACCCCCUUGUCCUCUCAGGCUGGUGCUGGAUCCUUCCUAGGGCAUGGGGUAAGCCCUGGCUGCUGGCAGCCUUCCAGGCACUAUGAAGAUAGGAGGCCCAAGAAGGGGCCUGGCAGUGAGAGGUGGGGCUAGACACUGAUUUACGAUAUUAAAAAGCUAAUCCCA